AUGACCCAAUCCGUGGAGCACCGGGUCAUCCAGGUGUCCAAUAUUGCCUCAGGUGUCAGCCGGGAGCAGUUGCUUGCCUUGUUCAAUCAUGUGGGCUCAGUGGAGGACUGCCGGCUCUAUCCGAGUGUUGAGCAGCCACUCGAAAACGGUACUCGCAUCUGCUACAUUAAGUUCAAGGAGUUGUGGUCGGUUGGCGUUGCGAUGCACCUGAGCAACACGAUAUUCAUGGAGCGUCCUCUCCUGAUUUUCCCCAUGGACUCAGAUCAAGUGCCAGACGAACAGUUCGCCAUUGCCGAAUUGGCGCCGGGCGCGCCGAUAUCGUCGAACGAUGAAGAUAUCCCUGAACUCGGGGGGAUCCGGAAACUGACCAACGAAAUUUCCACGAACGCCGCAGGAAAGCAGGUCAUAAAUACCAUAGACCCCUCACUGGCACUGAAAGGUGCACCGAACUAUCCGGCGUUGCCGGCCGGCCUAUCGGACGAGAACGUAGAGGAGAUCCGGAGGACGAUCUACGUCGGGAACCUCGACCCGAACUUGACGAACGAGAUAGUGAUGAAGUUCUUCAGUCAGUGCGGUGAGAUUAAAUACGUCAGGAUGGGCGGCGAAACAGGGGCGUCAAUGAAGCACGCUUUCGUGGAGUUCACCGAGCAAGCCUCCGUUGGUAAUGCUUUCCAAUUCAACGGAACGCUUCUGGGCAGCCGAGCCAUGGUUGUUUCCCACAGUUCGACAGCUAUCGUGAAACCAAAGCCCGUUGAUCCUCGCGUCGCAGCGGACACUCUUCAAGCCAAAUCACAGCUCUCAUCUAAAGCGAGGAGUCGCUCCCGAAGUCGAACUCGACGCAAGUCCCGGAGCACGAGCCGACGACGUAAGAGCCCGCGGAGAUCCCGCUCGCGAUCGAAAGGAAAACGGAGAUCUCGUUCGAGGGAAAGAAAACGAUCCAGAGACAGGAAGCGGUCCCAUUCUAGGAAGAGGUCGAGAUCCAGGCGGAGGUCCAGGUCGAGGCGAGGAUCGCGGGACAGAAAACGCUCCAGGGAGAGAAAAGAGAAACAAUCUUCACCGCGAGACCCCAAAGAGAAAUUGGGACCCAGGACUCCGGAAGGCUCCGGACCGCGAACUCCGGACGAAACUGCCGCAGAAGCGAGCUCCUCUCAACCGCCACACGAGUCGACUGAAGCGUCAGCUCCUGCCGACGAUUCCUCCCAUGCUCAGGGUAACGGAAUUCCAGAGAACGGGAGAAGCGACGGACGAGACAAAGAUCGCAGAGAAAAAGACAGAGCGAAACGGAAGAGUAGAUCCAGAUCUCGAGAUCGUCGACGACGAUCCCGUUCACGAGACCGCAAGCGUCGCAGCAGCUCUCGCAAGAGGUCUCGACGAAGCCGAUCCGUUUCGAAAAAGAGGAGUCGCUCACGAGAUAAACGCAGGAAAUCCAGGAGCAGAUCCAAAUCGCUAGAGAAAUCCAAGAGGCGAUCACGCAGCCGAGAAUCCAAGCGCCGCAAGAGGACGCCCACGCCGCCCAAGCGACGCAGUCCUUCACGAGAGCGUCGACGAAGCCGCUCCAAGGAUAAGGAUAGGCGCAAGAAAUCCCGUACGCCUCCGAGUAGUGUCGAACCAGUCAGCAAACAGAAAUCCCAACGACCUCCGCCACGGGACUACGAUGAGGAAGAACGAGGAAUGGCAUCGGAUCCCCUAAACCCGGCUGCUGUGGCUGCUUCGAUAAUCGCCCCGCUGCAGCCGAUGGGGCCGGCACCGCCCCCACCACCACCGCCUCCACCUCCUCCGAUUCCCGGCUCAUUGAAGGGUAUUCAUGCGAGGAAACAGCACUUGGUCAAGAGUCAGAGACCGGAAAAGAUCAAACAAGUUGGUCUCCAACGGGAAGAAAAUUUUCCUGAAGUCUGCCGAUCGAGUGAGCACAUUCCGCGAGAUCGCCCCCGGAGUGCCGCUGCCACCCCAGCCAGUUCUGACAAGAUGGGGUACCUGGUUGAACGCAGCCCAAACUUCGGAGAGCUCCCGCAUGCCAUCGAGAAAGUCGAACCGAAGGGACUGUCUUUGGUAGGAAGCGUGGGUAUCUUCGAGGCACUUGUUAAAGAUCUCAAGAAAACACCCGGUGAUGUUGGGGAUUUGGUCCCUAGGAAAUGCGAUGCGGUUGUGAUUCGUAAUGGCGGCUUCAGUAUUCUCAAGGAUGUCUCGGACAUACUUCAGGGGGGCAGCUCCGCGGAUAGUCUCAUUGGUCGCGACCCCUCGGAGAUAGCCUGCUUCAAGUACGCACCGAUCACGUCGGUGGAUGUUGAAAGGAGCUCCUCUAGUUUGAAGCAACUUCUCAGCGCCCGUCGUCAGAGUUUACGUUUGAAAAUUUGA